AUUCACAGUGGGAGCGAACCAGUCAGGCUCUAAGAAGUACCUUACAGCUCGCAUCCAGGGCUCAGUUUAAGGAAACUCGAACAUCCUACGAGUGAACAUACAAUACCAGAGUUCUUCAUUUGUAGUUCUUUUUUUUUAAUUCUUAUACUAAUUAUACAAAUUAGUAACAGUAUUAUUUUAUUUAGUGCAACAUGACCAACCCUGGGUGCAACGAAAGGAAAGAAAGGAAAGAAUGUUUGCGUUCUCUCAAUCAGUGAGUAUCUCGCUGUUAUUAUAAAUGUUCUCUUCAGAGACACUUUCAACUGCUGCAUGAAUGUUCUGCACUUUACAAAGGGAGAGCACUGCUGAGGCGCACCAGACACAAUGCUUACAGCGAACCACUUUACAGAUUGUAUGCUGUGAUUGCCUUUAUUCAUCGUUUGCCUUUGGACUAGAAAGACUAUCGAUGGAGAGCCUGGCGCAUUUGUGAGCUUUAGAGUUUGGCUGAAAUUCUACUUUUGAAAAGGUCUCAACACGUUGAUGUUGGGGCUCUGAGCAACAUUGUUUAAAAAUGCUGAACUGCGUUUUGUUGCUCAGUAUUUUAACGGUGACUGGUCUCUCAUCCAAGAUAGAAAGCCGUAAAACUCCCAAAGACAUUUGUAAGAAUCGCUGUGCCUGUGAGGAAAAGGAAAAUGUUCUGAAUAUUAAUUGCGAAAACAAGGGAUUUACGUCAGUAACCCAGUUUCAGCCUACACAAAACAGAAUAUGUCAACUCUUUCUCAAUGGAAACUUUCUAUCCAGACUGUAUCCAAACGAGUUUGUGAAUUACUCAAAUGCUACAACCCUGCAUCUGGGUAACAACGGGUUGCAAGAGAUAAAAACGGGGGCAUUUACAGGACUGAAAAUUCUGAAACGACUGCAUCUUAACAAUAAUAACUUGGAUAUUAUUAAAGAGGAUACUUUUUUUGGUUUGGAAAGUUUGGAGUAUUUACAGGCAGAUUACAAUUACAUCAGCUCCAUCGAAGCAGGGGCAUUCAGCAAACUGAAUAAACUGAAGGUGCUGAUUCUUAAUGACAAUCUAUUGCCUUUUCUUCCCAACAACGUGUUCCGCUUUGUUCUGUUGACGCAUUUGGAUCUUAGAGGGAACAGGCUGAAAUUCCUGCCGUUUUCUGGGGUCCUGGAACACAUAGGUGGCAUCAUGGAAAUCCAGCUAGAAGAGAACCCCUGGAAUUGCACAUGUGACCUGCUCCCACUCAAAGCCUGGCUGGAUACCAUCUCCGUGUUUGCCGGGGACAUUGUCUGUGAAACACCAUUCAGACUUCAUGGGAAGGAUGUGACCCAGCUCAUAAGGCAAGACCUUUGCCCCAGGAAAAGCGCAAGUGACUCAAGCCAUUUCCAGGGUCUGUCACCAACCCUGCGUGUGGGGCUCAACCCAACGAGGUCCCCCAAAGCCACCCGCCCCCCUAAAACAAGAAACCGCCCCACGCCCCGGGUAACAGCACCAAGCAGGGACAAGCAGAUAUUUGGACCCAUAAUGGUUUACCAGACCCGAUCACCGGUGCCAUUUACAUGUCCAAACGUCUGCAUCUGCACAUCUCAGAACCCAGACAGCGGACUGAACAUUAAUUGUCAGGAAAGGAAACUUUACAACAUUUCAGACCUGCACCCCAAACCCUCAUAUCCAAAGAAACUUUAUCUGACAGGUAACUUUUUGCACACAGUGUACAGAACUGAUCUGCUUGAGUACAGCUCUUUGGAGCUACUGCACUUAGGAAACAAUAGGAUAGCUAUUGUUCAGGAAGGGGCCUUUGAAAACUUAAGCAAUUUACGCAGACUUUAUCUCAAUGGCAACUACAUUGAAAGCCUGUCCCCCUCCAUAUUUGUGGGGCUGCAGAGUCUUCAGUAUCUGUAUUUAGAAUACAAUGUCAUCAAAGAGAUUCUGCCUCAAACCUUUAACUCUUUGCAGAACCUUCAGUUAUUGUUUCUUAACAACAAUUUGCUGAGGUCUUUACCCGACACAGUAUUCGAGGGUACCAUGCUCACCAGACUGAAUCUGAGGAACAACCACUUCUCUCACCUGCCUGUGAGGGGGGUCUUGGAUCAGCUCUCUGCCUUUAUUCAAAUAGACCUUCAAGAAAACCCCUGGGAUUGCACGUGUGAAAUUGUGCCACUCAAGAACUGGAUGGAACAGUCUAGUACGAGUGUUGUGGUUAAUGAGAUCACCUGCGACUCUCCAUCUAAACAUGCAGGACGGCUACUCAGAUCCCUAAGAAAUGAUUCUAUCUGCCCAGAACCCAUUGACAUAACGGCAACCAUGGUGGCAACAGUCAGUCCCAGCUCUGAUGCCCCAUAUUCUGUCAGUGCACCCCCUAGCCCUUUACCAGAGAUCCACCCGGAGGUACCUCUGUCUGUUCUCAUUUUGGGUUUGCUGGUCGUUUUCAUUUUGUCAGUCUGCUUUGGGGCAGGUUUGUUUGUUUUUGUCCUAAAAAGACGCAAAGGGGUCCCGAAUGCCGCAACAAGUGCCAACAAUUUGGACUUGAAUUCGUACCAGGUGCAGUAUGGGUCCUACAGCACGGAGGCCAGCACUGACAAAACGGAGAGCCACGUGUAUAACUCCAUCCCCCCUCCCGUUGGUAAGAUGUGUCAAAACCCCAUAUACAUGCAAAAGGAAGAAGAGCAAGUAGCUUACUAUAGAAACCUGCAGGAACUGAGCUUUGGUGUCAUGGACCCCAAAAAGGACGAGCAGUCCCGCAGCCAUGCCUAUACAAUAAGCACAGCAGAGUUCAUAGAAAAGCAACCGUGUGGCAACAGAGAGACGGAGCUGUUGUAUCAGAACCUAGCAGAGAGGGCAAAGGAGCUGCCGACUGCAGGGCUUUUCAACUAUAACUUCUGCACCUUGCCUAAAAGACAAUUUGCACCCUCGUAUGAAUCCUCCAGGCGCCACAACCAAGAUCGGUUAAACAAAACGGUUUUGUACGGAACCCCCAGGAAAUAUUAUGCAGAGCAAUUGAAAAAUGAACAUCCUUUGCUCCCAGGAAAACUAAAGACGGAACCCGACUACCUCGAAGUUCUGAAAAAACAAACUGCUAGCAGCCAGCUGUGAAACGAGUCCCCAUCUCUCCAGCUUUAUUGUAUUAAAAUAGAAUGACAAUGUGCUAAACACUUUAGAACACGCACAGCACGCGAAACGCGUGGACAGCGUGAUAUGAGCUACCCCCGUUCUCUAUCUGUGCCGUACAAUGGAGAUGUUUAAUAAUGCAGUCCUAGGUGUCACGCUACUUUUUUAAUGUUUAACUUAUUUUUGUUAUCCACCAUUUGAAACGUACACAAGAGCAACAAUUCUCACAAAAAGUGUAUGAUUCAUCUUUACGGUUUUUUUUUUUUUUUUUUUUUUUUUUUUUUAUGCCUAUGCUCAUGUUCACACACACACACAACGGAAUCGGGUUGUUUGAAUGGAAUUGCCCUGUACAUAACAGAUAAUGGUGUUGCUGACAAGAGUUCCCAGUCACAUUCACUUGGCGUCCCCUUCUGUUCGAAAGUGCCUUUGCGCUUAAUAUCCAAUAUCUUAACGUUUCUGCUCUGAGAAGGUUUUAUAUGUGUUGUAUUUUAUGAAACUCAAUGUGUAAAAAUAGACCUAUAUGUCAAAUGCAUUAAACGAAACUCAAAACGUAUUGAGUUAUGGAUGCAGAAUUAUGUGUUCAUUUUUCACCCCUUUUGAGCCUUGCAUGUGGAGUGUAAAUCAUUUUCCAUGCGCGACUACGGGUUGAGAGCUGCAUUUGAAUUUUCACUGCAGCAGCCCAGUUACUUAGUUGCCUGUUGGCAAUCAUUACUUUAAGGGUUUGGAUAUAUAAUGCCAUAGAGAAUUAUUUAAACUUGUAAUUCACUUAUUGCAUGCUGCUAGACAAGAGUAGGAUGCAAUGCGCAAUUGUCCUGUUCUGCAUUCAGUAUGUCCGAUGUUCGCAGCUGUAAUCAUAGUUAUAUAAACUAAUAUAUGGGUCAAGUGACUUGCGUGUUGCCCGAUCGCUUAUUAUAUGUAUCUAACAACACCAGGCUUAUAAUUUUUUUUUUUUAACUCAUCGGAGUUGCGUCAUCUUAGACAUCAACUUGAUAGGGUUGGCAAACUUUUUUUUUUUUUUUUUUU